GCUCCUUCCUUCCCGUCGUUGGCGUCCCUCUGCAUCAUCACCACCACCACCACCAGCAGUGGGACACGCCGCAAUGUCGUCUGGUCGCAAACGCACCGACCUCAUCGAGCGCACUCGCUACCCGAACCCUCUUCCUCUGCCUCCUUAUCCACCAAAGCUCCUCUCCAUCCCCACACCAGCAACACGAUACGCAGAUCCAACAUGGGCCAAUCGUCUCGCCCAAUCGGUGCCUCUACCCCUGGUAGUCGAUUCCGAGGGUGGAAUGCCCCUCGAUAUAAACGCUUUCCCCGAGCUGUGGGCUACAGAUGAGCGAGGAAGGCCCAUUCCCAUCGCGGAUGCUACUCUUCCGCCGCUGGAUGCCGCAGACCUCGACGCCGAGGAUGCCUGGCUGCUCAACCCAGAUCUCGUCAAUGCGCCCAUUCCCCCUCUAGCCACAGCUACGCCAUCAUCAUCCAGUAUCCUCGCCUCUUCGGGAGACACAGCCGCAAUAGCAAGUCGUGAUGGCACCCCCGACGUAAGCGCAAAGGACGUCGCAUGGCUACGUCGCACAGAGUAUCUCGGCGCAGACCGCAAAGCCAAAGCAGAAGCUGCUCUGCGCGCCUCGAAGCCCUCGUCCUCAGCCAACAAGGAGGUCACACCCGACGCAGAGGCGCAACGCAUUAAUGAGACCUUCAGCGCCAUCGAGUCACAGCCCUUGGGCGAUGCGUCGCUUCGUCAUCCCAACCCGGCGAAGCGCAAUCUCCAACCUGUAGAGGUUAUGGACCUCUACCCAGACUUCGACACUUGGGCAACAGAGAUGCAUGUAUUCAAGUUUGCGGAUCCACCGGGCAAGCACAACGACGAAGACUCGGCAGCAGCAGCAGCGGCAGCCGCGGCAACCUCUGCCACUCUACCACUUUCCAUCUUGCGACCACGCACCCAUCCCCUUACCCGACAAACGCACGUCUCCCUCUACGUGCCCUCAGCGGAGCCCAUCGACCUUCCACUCAAAGAAUUCGAUGAGCUCCUCCUCGCCGACCCCGAUGCGUUUGCAGACGAUGAAGAGCGAGAAUUCUUCUCCGACCAAGCAGGCCAGCUUGACGCUUCCGUUCGUCAGGGAGCCGUCGUCCGUCGCGAGGAGAUGCGCAGGCGAAGAGGCUGGGCGAGCCAGUUGCCUUUGGAGCCUACGGAUGAGCAGGAGGAAGAGGAGGAGGAGAGCGAGGAUAUGCGCGCUGCAAAAGAGGAGUAUGCCAGGAAGAGGGCGGAGUGCACGACCCCUUAUAGACAUCAGAGGGAUUAUGAUCCUGAGAGACAAGGAUUGGAGGAGGAUCUGGCAAGAUUGUUGGUGCUUAGCUUUGACAAGGGAGCCACAACCCAGCUUCCUCUCCUGGAGCGUGAAGCUAAAUACCUCGACUCGCCUGCUGCAUCCACCUCAUCAAGUACGGUAUACUACCACCCUAUCACCACACGUACCACACUCCGCGUCAAGCGACAACGUCGCCGAGGUGCUGCGAGCCAGGCGGAAGAGGACGAAGGUCAUUGGACCGACUUGGCGCUCACGCAUCGCGAUGUCACCGACAAGGAGUUGGUGAAGCGACUGCGCAAGAGGGUAGAGAUUGAGCACGGAGCGUUGAAGGAGGAGGAGUUGCCUGAGUUGAGUGAGAGUGAGAGCGAGGAGGAGGAGGAGGAGGAGGAGCCAGAGGAACACGAGGAGGUUGGCAAGGUAAACGGACAGAAGAGCGUUGCUGGAGAGGAUGGAGUGGUAGAUGCGGAUGCGGAUGAAGAGGAGGAAGAGGACGAUGUUGCAGCUGCAGCCCGUCGUGCCGCUAGAGCUCGAGCCGCCUUCUCUGAUGAUGAGGAUGACGAAGAGACAGGCGGCGAGACAAGUAGCAGCCAGAAGCCCAAGACUUCGGACGGAGCAGACAAGUCAGCGCAGCCGGCCGACGAAGAAGCCGAGGAAGAAGAGGAAGAAGAGGAGGAGGAGGAGGAGGAGGUAGACGCUCCCAAGAAGAAGCGCCCCGCAAAAUCGAAUCGCUCCGACUCUGGUUCUUCUGGCGAGGAGGACGAAGAUGAGGACGACGAGUCGCUGGAUGGAGACGACGAGCUUGCAGCUCUGCGCGAGGAGGCUGGUGGAGAGGAGGUUGAUGCUGCGGAAGAUGAAGGGGAGGAGGGAGGUAGAUCGAGGAGGUCCAGGAGGGCAGCAGCUGUCGCACCGGCAGCGCCUACUGAUGGGGAAGGAGACGCUGGUGGGGAUGACGAUGAUGAGAUGGACGAUUGAGUCCAGGAUCGCAAUGCAAAGCAUCAUUCAAUGAACCAG